UGUAGGGGAGAUCAGAGAGAGAGAGAGAGAGGCGAGACGAGAGAGCGGGCGAGAGAAGAACAAUGGGCGGGAGGGCUUUUUAACGAAGAAAAAUCUUUAAUCAUUUCUUGCCUUAAUAGUCUUCUUCUUUCUUCUUUUUUGUAACUCUCCACUCUCCUCCUUUCCUUUUCUCCUAAUGGACGGCGUUAACGGUUCCACCUCCACCACCGCCACGGUUGUCGAUGAAACCGUUGAUGUUUUACUACCGUCUCCUCCGCAUGAUCCUGAUUUCUCUCCUGUUGGAUCACCCGAGUCCGUUGAUGUUCCUAUUCCACCGUCUGAUGAUGAUCCUGAUCACGUUCCCGCUGAAGAUCAAGCGAAAGAACCCGAACUCCCAUCUACUGCACCCGUUCUUGCCGACGAUCUGAAACUUAAGAUUAUUAAGCAGGUCGAAUAUUAUUUUAGUGAUGAAAAUUUGCCCACCGACAAGUAUAUGAUGAGUUUGAUUAAGAAGAACAAAGAAGGGUUUGUUCCUAUCUCGGUUAUUGCUUCUUUUAGGAAAUUGAAGAAGCUUACCCAAGACAACAAAUCAAUAGUGGCUGCACUCAGGGAAUCGUCCUUGCUUGUUGUUAGUUCAAAUGGGAAGAAAGUGAAACGCCUUAAUCCUCUUCCAGUCACUGAGGUCAAGGAUUCAAAGUUAUUCACUGUUUUGGUAGAAAAUCUGCCAGAGGAUCACUCGGUGGAGAACAUCCGGAAAAUAUUUGCUCAAGCCGGAAAUAUAAGAAAGAUAUGCAUCCGUGAUCCACAUGCCACGGAAGAGUCAAAAAAAGGCAGCAAGGCUGAGUUUAUGAUCAGUAAUAAGUUGCAUGCACUAGUGGAGUAUGAGACCGUGGAGGCUGCUGAGAAAGCAGUGGUAACAUUAAAUAAUGAACAAGACUGGAGAAAUGGCAUGCGGGUUAAGCUUCUUAAGCGAGUGGCCCAGUAUGGCCACAGAAGGCAAUGCUGGAGGGUUGAUUCCGAAAGGAGUAACACUGGGCGAACAUCUGAUCCUUUGGGUGAUGAAGAGAACAAUAACUUAAGUGAGAAUCAGGAUGAUACCCCUGAUGAAGAGGAUGGGGACCGUAUAUCCAAGGAGAAAAAUGGGCAGAAAGGCAGAAAUCGUGGACGACCAAGGAGACAAAGAUACCGUGGAAGCAAUGGGCUGGGCCAUGGAACAAUUUCCUCCAGUUAUGAAGCUGCGAAGCCACCUCCUGGCCCAAGAAUGCCCGAUGGAACCAGAGGGUUCACCAUGGGACGUGGUCGACCUCCCGUUUCUAUCUAAAAUUAGCCAGUGAUUUGAUCUCUACAUCUAUUGUAAAAUCCUUGUGCUAUAUUUGUAUAGAUGUGGAAAAUGGAUGUGGAUGUUUGAAUGUGCUUGCAAUGACUAAAUGUUGUAAGACAAAGGUGUUUUCUAGGUUGUAACACCUGGGCUUUGAUGCUGCUGUUUAGUUUACGAAUGAAGCAGCAUUACGAGUAAAACGGGCUCGUAUUUGGGA